GUGUUUUUUCUUCGUCUUGUACGGCUUAAUGAUGGAGAGGAUAAGAAAAGAGAUGAUACUGAUGGAGAGAGGUCUACACAGUCCCGUUGCAGGGAAGAGGCUCGCAGACACGUCUGGAAAUUCAGUGCUGGAGGCCCUGGAAAACUCUCAGCACAGCGGACGGUUAAGCCCGAGAAUAACUUCGGCUUCUCUCCAUGGAAAUCUUGGGGACAUCCCAACGAAAGGCAAAUUUGAAAUUGACAGUCUUUUCGGUACACACCACAACAGUGAAAAUACCUCUUCGGCGGAAAUUUCAUCGUCAGAAAGCAGAAAGAAAAUGAGUCUUUACUCCGAAGUUUCGCAAGAAUCAGAUAUUAACAGUGAUGUGGAGGUGGGAUGUCCUGCGCAUCGCUCCCCGAGCCAGCACAAGGAAAACAGCAAAGGUUUCUCAGACAGUAAUUCUGGAUCUUCAAACACAAGCUCAAACUCCCUCCCGAGUAUGAACGGAAAUUCAACGGGAGGAUCAAACAAUUCAAACACCGACCAAGUCAGAAGGUAUCGGACUGCUUUCACCAGAGAACAAAUCGGAAGACUGGAGAAAGAGUUUUACAGGGAAAAUUACGUUUCGAGACCACGAAGAUGUGAAUUAGCCGCAGCGCUAAAUCUGCCCGAAACUACAAUUAAGGUGUGGUUCCAGAACAGGAGGAUGAAGGAUAAAAGACAGCGUCUGGCGAUGUCCUGGCCCCAUCCGGCAGACCCCAGCUUCUACACUUACAUGAUGACGCACGCGGCAGCUACAGGAAGUCUACCUUACCCUUUCCACUCGCACAUGCCUCUACACUACUACCCGCACGUCGGUGUCACGGCAGCAGCGGCGAGCGCGCUGGGCUCCCGGAGCUCUAGCGCUGACUUUACCUGCACAGCUUCGGGGCAAAGAUCCGAGAGUGGAUUUCUGCCGUACUCUGCGGCUGUUCUCAGCAAAACCUCCGUUCCGUCACCAGACCAGCGAGAAGAAACUUCACUUAACAGAUAACUCAGCACGCAGCCUACACGAUCCGUUUACUAUUUUGUCAUACUUUACGGGAUAUGUAAAGCAUUUGUUUAUUAGACAGCACUGUAAACACACACACACACACACACACAAUUAAUUUGUAAAAGUCUGAUUCCAGUCCACAAAAUUCUUUAUAACAAAAAAGACAUGAAUAGCUAAGUACUGAACAUUUUGCAACACAAACUUUUCUAAAGGCUUGUGCACUUGUGUUGUGCCAGUAGACCAAUUUUUAUGGGCUGUGCCGGAUUAACUUAUGUUUGGGAAAAAUAACAGACCGUGCAGUGCACUCAUUUAUUUAUGCACCCAUGUCCCAGUCACUGUGCCAUUUCAGUUUUAUUUAUUUGUUCUUGCAAACCCCUAAAUCGAGCCAUGUUACAGAUAAUCAGUUACACUCCAUAUUUCUGCGGCCUAAACGCCCAGUAUCCAGCGCGGACACAUCCAGUCCGGCUAUCUUGACUCCGUUGGUUUUAAGACACAACCGUGAGCUAAUUAUGCUAUUAUAUAGUAGAAGGUCCUGCUUUUGUGCGCAGCAGCAUAUCUUUCUUCACUAGGCCUAAUAGACUGAGAUUUUGGCAGCAAUAGCUUCUCCAACACCCAGCCUCUGCUCUACAGGGACACCCCUAAUCAGCUGGAAGGGGCGUAUAAUUUUGCACCGCAUUUUUCGUGUCAAUUUUUAUGUUAAUAAUGAGAGGAUCAUGGCAAAAAUUGCCAAUCAUGUACCUAGAUGGAGCUCCUUUGAAUACACGACUGUAAGAAAGUUCCUCGUUUUGAGACCCGCUGUCAAGUGCUAACAACCCGCGGAGGGAAGUCAUUAGACAUACAAAAGACCUGGAACGAAGCGACAGUCCUGGUACACAAUGCACUGUAUAAAGAUACUAUCUGACACAGAGAGGGUUUAAAGAUACUGCGUACAAAGUAGAAUAUAAGAGCCCUUCAAAAUUGGUUUGCUGAUAAUGGGAAAUACCUCCAUACGCACACGCGCCUCCUUUUAUUUACACUGAACCUCAUAUCAAGACCAGUAUUUCCAGAGGUGUGUAGUCCCUAUAGGACCUACACGCACAGUGACGAGACCGAGCAAGGCGAACGUUCAGACAAAACAGUCUGACUUUACAACCUGUCAGCACCUGUAAAAUAGCUAUGUGCUAUUUUAUUCGUUCCUGUUUGGGACAUCACCGAUAUGUUCAUUAUAAAACAUGUCAGCUGUAAAUGGUGAAUAUUUUCCAAAUAUCUUUAGUUAAAAAGCGAGUUACUGAUCACCCUGGAAAAAAGCUGGAGGAAAUGUGGAUGGUGGGCUAUUUUUAAAAAACACUUUUGUAAUUUAUUUUGUGUGACUUUCUGAAUGUUUUUUCAUGUUAAACACUGGAUGUACACGACAAUAGGAGCAUCACAUUGCCUAUACAGAUUGGCUUGGAAACUCACCAGUAGUCCAAAUUAAUGUAUUUUCAUCUGUAUUUCGUGCAAAAUUGAGUCUGAGUCAUGGAAAUUGAAAACAUUUAUUUACAGUCCAGUCAAAAGAGGCUUCAAAGGGCUGAUAGACGAACACUGAAGUUAACUGAUGAAAAUAGGAUUGGCCUUUGUCCCUAGGGUCUCUGUUAAUACUCUAUAUCUCUGUAUUUAAA